AUGCGAUCCGCGACUAUUUUCACCUUCGCCCUGGCCAACGGGGCUCUGGCUGCUCGUGCAUUCCUCAACGAACCGGAUACGGGAAUCCAGGACGUCCUGGGGGGCCUGCCCGACGGCAGGCUGCCCGAGCUCAGCAGCAUCGUGGGACUGCCUGACUUUGAAUGGGUCGCCAAGAAGUACAUGCCAGUCCGGAACUUCAGCUACUACCGCAACGGCGCCGGCGGUGAGUGGUCGUACCGUAACAACCUCGAAGUCUUCCAUCGAUAUCGACUCCGGCCGCGCGUCCUCGUCGACAAUUGGGCCAUUGAGUCGACCCUUUCGAUGUACCUCCCACAUCCGCUCGGUAUGGGGAACAAUGAGAUCGUGGCUACCAUCCUCGGCCACAUCGUCUCGGCCCCCUUUUUCAUCAGCCCAGCGGCACGUGCCCACUACGCACACCCCGAUGCCAAGCUGAAUCUGGUCAAGGCAGCGGGCGCAGAAAAGAUUAUGUACAUGCCGGCACUCUACGCCUCCAAAACGAUCAAUGAGAUUGCGGCGGCCAAGAAACCCGGCCAAGGGACGUUCCAGCAGCUCCAUCUCUCGUCGAAUCGGUCGGGGAACCAGGAGCUGUUCGACCGGGCCGAAAAGUCGGGAGCAAUGGCCAUCGUCUUCACUGUCGACUCCGCCGCGGACGGAAACCGGCAUCGGGCUGCCCGCUUCGGAGUCGGCUCUGUGUACGUAUUGCUUGGCCCAACCUCUCUCCGACCCCUUGAUUCCGUGCCAACUGACCAAUGUCCGCCGAGACCUAUUUCAAGUGACCCCGACUAUUCCUCCUUUACAUGGAACUUUUACCGGAGCCUCACCAACAUGACGCGGCUCCCUAUAAUUCUGAAGGGCAUCAUGACGGUCAAGGGACGCGCAAAUGGCGGUAGUCAACAAGGUGCCGGCCAUCAUUCCUCCAACCACGGCGGCCGCCAGCUCGACGGUUCACCCUCCUCUCUUGAAGUCGCGCUAGAGAUCCACGAUCGCGCGCCGGACGUGUUCAAGGGAACCGAGGUAUACGCCGAUGGCGGUAUUCGCUACGGUGCAUAUGCGCUCAUGCUGGAAAUUUAG